GCCGCAGAUUCCUCUUUGCCGCCUGACUCCAGGGUGCAUACAGCCAGACCUCCACUCUGCCAAGGGUGCAGGCGUGUGCUGCUCACCAUGCCCGCCCAGUCGCAGCCCCCUCUAUCGCUGCUGCUGCUGCUGCUCACACUGCCAGCCACCGGUGCGGAUCCUGUAGUCUGCUUCACCGAGUAUGACGAACCCAGCGGCAAGUGCAAGGGCCUCCUAGGGGGAGGUGUCAGUGUGGAACACUGCUGUCUCAAUGCUGCCUAUGCCUUCCAGGAGCCUGGCAGUGAGCACUGCCAUGCAUGCAGGUCCCCACUAUGGUCACAAUGGUCUGCGUGGGCCCCCUGCUCAGUGACAUGCUCUGAGGGCUCCCAGCUGCGGCACCGGCGCUGCGUGGGCCAGGGCGGACCGUGCUCUGAGAAGGCGGCUCCCGGCACCCUCCAGUGGCAGCUACAGGCCUGUGAAGACCUGCUGUGCUGUCCUGAAAUGGGCGGCUGGUCUGACUGGGGGCCCUGGAGGCCUUGCUCUGUCACCUGCUCCAAAGGGACCAAGACCCGUCAGCGAGCAUGUGAUCGCCCUGCCCCCAAGUGUGGGGGCCGCUGCCUAGGAGAGGCCCAGGAGUCAGAGACCUGUGACACCAAGCAGGUCUGCCCCACACACGGGCUCUGGGCCGCCUGGGGCCCCUGGAGCCCUUGCUCAAGCUCCUGCCACGGUGGACCCCAAGUGCCAAAGGAAACACGGAGCCGCACAUGCUCUGCACCUGAGCCCUCCAAGCAGCCCCCAGGGAAGCCCUGCUCAGGGUCAGCCUAUGAACAGCGGAGCUGCACUGGCCUGCCACCCUGCCCAGUGGCUGGGGGUUGGGGACCAUGGGGCCCUGUGAGCUCCUGCUCUGUGACCUGCGGCUUGGGCAAGACCCUCGAAAAACGGACCUGUGAUCACCCUGUGCCCCAGCAUGGGGGCCCCUUCUGCACCGGCGAUGCCACUCGGACCCACAUCUGCAACACAGCUGUGCCUUGCCCUGUGAAUGGAGAAUGGGAGGCCUGGGGGGAGUGGAGUGAAUGCAGCCGCCCCGGCAGGAAGUCCAUCAGCUGUGAGGAAGUCCCGGGCCAGCAGAGUCGAAAGAGGGUCUGCAAGGGCCGCAAGUUUGAUGGACAGCGAUGUGCUGGGGAGUACCAGGACAUCCGGCACUGCUAUAACAUCCAGCGCUGCCGCUUGAAAGGCUCAUGGUUGGAGUGGAGUUCCUGGGGACUGUGCACACCCCCAUGUGGGCCCAGCCCCACCCGGACCCGCCAGCGGCUCUGCACAGCCCUGCUCCCCAAGUUCCCGCCCACCAUUUCCGUGGUCGAAGGUCAGGGCGAGAAGAAUGUCACCUUCUGGGGUAAACCGUGGCCACAGUGCGAGCAGCUGCAAGGGCAGACGCUGGUGGUGGAGGAGAAACGACCAUGUCUACACGUGCCUGCCUGCAAAGACCCUGAGGAGAAGCCCUAACACAUCCCCCUCCCACUCUGACCCGUUCACCUCCCAGACCUCAAUAAAGCAGUCCUGAGGGCUCUUCUAAAAUUCCUUAAA